AUGGACAGGAAACACCACGCUCGCUCCGGCUCUCAGGGACGAAAGCUGCAACCAGGCCACAAUAAGCCUUCGAGACCUGGACAGCUGCAGAAAAGGGCGCCGAGCUACAACAAUGCUCAGCCGCAUGGCCAUGGGGCCGGCUCGAGUAGCAGGCCGGCGCUCGGAGCCAGCAAAAAGGCAGGCGUCGAAAUCGUGAGCCAGGAUGAUGAUGAGACGGGGAUGGCGAGCUUCUUGCAGUUCUGUGCUACGUGCGAGAAGCAGAUCAUCACUCCAGGAAGCUCGAUCUUGUAUUGUUCGGCAGCCUGCCGAAAGAACGACGUCUCACGAACCGACCACGGCGUCCAGUCACCCUCUGUCGUCCCUACAGCGUCCUCAUACUUCGAGACCGCCCCUGCAGACAUCAUCCCACAACGAUCUCCAACAGUUCCUCGUCCCCUGUCACUCGCUUCCGACAUCUCAGACUACGGCUCUCACCACGGCGACAAUCAGGACAGCGAAGCACUCCGCUACCUCUCUCAAUUCCACUCGCACGACUACUCCCUGGACCUCCCAUCUCGUCCCCGACCUCGGCUCAACCGCGCAUCCACAGCGACAGACAGCUCCGGCAUGCCCUCGCUCUCGCACACGCCAAGCUCUUCCGUUGGCACCGCAGCCUCCGCUUCAUCGUACUCGUAUCGACCACUACCGCCUCGCCGGGAUCCGCUUACGGGACAUCAGCCGACGAAAUCCGCUGAUCUCGUGAUCCCGACCUACCCAACAACAUCGUCGUCUACUCCUGAUCAAGCGAGCCUGGAGAGCAGCGUGAGCACGCUCACAGCCUUUAGGUCCGGGGAUGGGAACGGCGAUGACUUCGCCAAGCGCGAGAGGAGGAAACGGCAAAGCGAGCCGAGUGGGAGUCUCAAGAAGUUGUUCAGUCAUGAGGCCAUGCAGGCUGGGCCUAGUCGUGACUGA